CCUUUUUUCUGUCUCCAGGAUAGUUAUCCAUUCACAGGAGAAAGAAAACUCUGAUCCGGAUUAUAUUCCCAUCAAUAGCCGCUUUAAAUGCGUACAAGAGGCAGAAGAAACUCUACUGAUUGAUAUAGCUACAAACACAGGCUGUAAGGUCCGGAUACAAGGUGAUGAGACAGCGGAGCGGCUCUUUGAAAUCCCUGAUGAGGAGCGUUGCUUAGGAUUCCUUUCAGAAGUGCAGAGCAUACAGGAAGCCCACCUGAAAGCGUCUCUUCCUGAACCUAAGGACUCAGCCAGCUGGCAUCAGGUGGAGAAGAACCUCCCAGGUCUAUCGCAGGCCUUUUCGUUGGGAGCUCUGGGGUUUGAGGAUGACUUCAACGCUCUAAGCCUAGAAGAGAAAAGAAACAUGCAAAACCACCAAACGGGAUCUCGGCGGGAACCCCCGCCUCCUCCUGUGCUUCGAAGUAGGCAAUUUCACCGAGAGAGAGAAGGUACGUCAAGAGACCAGCCAAAAGUGACCAACACUAUGCGCAAAAUGUUUUUGCCCAGCACCCAGUCGGGCCAAAGAGAAGGCCUCAUCAAACAUCUGCUUGCCAAGAGAGAGAAGUCAUAUGUCAACCUUCACAACUUCAGAUUUUUUGUGGGAACAUGGAAUGUGAACGGGCAGUCUCCAGACAGCAGCUUGGAACCCUGGCUGAUGUGCGACGCAGAGCCUCCAGACUUCUGUUGCAUCGGGUUCCAGGAGCUGGACCUCAGCACGGAGGCUUUUUUCUACUUAGAUUCUGUAAAGGAGCAAGAAUGGCUGACUGCUGUGGAGAAGUCCCUGCACCCUCAGGCUAAGUAUAAGAAAGUGCAAAUGGUCCGUCUAGUUGGGAUGAUGUUGCUCAUAUUUGCUAAGAAGGAUCAGCUGAGCAAUAUCAGAGAGAUCAUGACGGCGUCUGUGGGCACGGGAGUCAUGGGAAAGAUGGGCAACAAGGGCGGUGUGGCGGUGAGGUUCGUGUUCCACAACACGACCUUCUGCAUUGUCAAUUCCCACCUCGCUGCUCACGUGGAGGACUUUGAGCGGCGAAAUCAGGAUUAUAAGGAAAUCUGUGCUCGGAUGAGUUUUGUAACCCUUGAUGACAAUCUACCUCAGUUCAACAUCAUGAAACACGAUGUUGUCAUCUGGCUAGGAGACUUGAACUACAGGCUUUGUCUCCCUGAUGCCAGUGAGGUGAAAAGUCUUAUCAGUAAGAAUGAGCUUCAGAAAUUGCUGAUAUACGACCAGCUGAAUAUUCAGCGCACUCAGAAGAAAGCAUUUGCGGAUUUUACCGAGGGAGAGAUUAAAUUCAUCCCCACGUAUAAAUAUGACCCUAAAACAGAUCGCUGGGACUCCAGUGGAAAGUGUCGUGUGCCAGCGUGGUGUGAUCGAAUCCUUUGGAGAGGAGGGAACAUAAAUCAGCUCCGGUAUUGCAGUCAUAUGGAUCUGAAGACUAGUGACCACAAGCCAGUCAGCGCACUUUUCCGCAUCAAGGUAAAGGUUGUGGAUGAGCAGAGGUAUCGGAAGGUGUUCGAAGACAUCGUUCGUUUAAUGGACAGAAUGGAGAAUGACUUUCUUCCUUCGCUGGAGCUAAGCAGCAGAGAAUUUGAGUUUGAGAAUGUGAAGUUCCGUCAGCUGCAGAAGCAGAAGUUCCAGAUUACCAAUAAUGGGCAGGUCCCCUGUCACUUCUCCUUCAUCCCAAAGCUCAACGAUCGACACUACUGUAAGCCAUGGCUUCGGGCCGAGCCUUGUGAAGGUUACUUGGAGCCAGAUGAGAGCAUGGACAUCUCCCUGGACGUGUACGUCAGCAAGGACUCGGUAACCCUUCUGAACUCUGGCGAGGAUAAAAUUGAGGAUAUUCUUGUCCUUCACUUGGACCGAGGGAAGGACUAUUUCCUUACCAUCAGUGGGACCUACCUGCCCAGCUGCUUUGGCACCUCCCUGGAGGCCUUAUGCCGAAUGAGGCGACCGAUCCGAGAAGUUCCAGUCACCAAACUCAUUGACCUG